AUGGAGGUUCAUCGACGCUCUUACCCCAUGCGCAUGCGCGUGCUCGAGGCCCCGCCUUUCCCCUGCGCAGCUCUCCGGCGCAUGCGCGGGAUCAGUCGGAGGGGGUACGGCUUCGUCAUCGCCGUCACCACCAUCGACAACAUCGGCGCCGGCGUCAUCCAGCCGGGCCGCGGCUUCGUCCUCUAUCCCGUCAAGUACAAGGCCAUCGUGUUCCGGCCCUUCAAGGGCGAGGUGGUGGACGCCGUGGUGACGCAAGUGAACAAGGUCGGGCUCUUCACGGAGAUCGGGCCCAUGUCCUGCUUCAUCUCCCGGCACUCCAUCCCUUCCGAGAUGGAAUUUGAUCCCAAUUCCAACCCUCCCUGCUACAAGACGGUGGAUGAGGACAUCGUGAUCCAGCAGGACGACGAGAUCCGCCUGAAGAUUGUGGGUACACGGGUGGAUAAGAACGACAUCUUUGCCAUCGGCUCCCUCAUGGACGACUACCUAGGUCUCGUGAGCUGAAGUGUGUCCGUUCUCAGCCCGGCAGCAGACGAAUGCCCAGAUGACGGCAUUCCCACAGGGAUCACCGGAUGGUACCCGCCAUUUGGCCCACUUUCCCCUUUGCUGUUCAUCCGUUUUCCCAAUAAAAAAGAGUGUCUA